UCAGGGAGGGGGAACCUCUGCGAGUGUUGUUGUCCGUGUAUGUGUGUGUGAAUGUGUAUGCUGCUGCUGCUGCUGCUGCUGCUGGGGACAGACGCGCAGAGGGUCGGUGAAAGUCCUGCUCACGUCAACGCUCAGGUGCUUACUUCCUAGAAAACUACUGACAACGAGCAACGCACCGAGACCAAGAAAGAGCGGAUGAUAUAGACAGCAACCACAGUGCAGCCACCAGAGAAGGUUUGCUGGGAUGGGUAACCUGCUAAAAGUCCUAACAAGAGAUAUAGAGAACUAUCCACACUUUUUCCUGGACUUUGAAAAAACCAAAUGGGGAAUCUGUUAAAAGUGCUCACUUGCACAGAGCUUGAACAGGCGCCAAACUUUUUCCUUGACUUUGAAAAUGCACAGCCCACAGAAGGAGAGCGAGACGUGUGGAACCAGGUGAACUCCGUCCUGCAGGACUCUGAGAACAUCCUGUUGGGCCUGCAGGCGUACAAAGGCGCCGGCCAAGAGAUCAGAGAUGCAAUUCAAAAUCCCAGUGACCACAUGCUGCAGGAGCGAGCCUGGAACUCCGUCUGCCCGCUGGUCAUCAAACUCAAGAAGUUCUACAGCUUCUCUCUCAGACUUGAGGAGGCUCUGCAGAGUUUGUUGGAGUGCCUGACGUGUCCGCCCUUCACGCCUACACAGCACCUGGAGAGGGAGCAGGCACUGGCCAAACAGUUCGCAGAGAUCCUGCACUUUACUCUGCGCUUCGAUGAACUCAAGAUGAGAAUUCCUGCCAUCCAGAACGACUUCAGCUACUACAGAAGAACGAUCAGUCGAAACCGAAUAAACAACAUGAAUUUGGACAUUGAGAAUGAAGUGAACAACGAGAUGGCCAACAGGAUGUCUCUGUUCUACGCCGAGGCCACACCCAUGCUGAAAACACUCAGCAACGCAACCACAAACUUUGUGACAGAGAAUAAAACUCUUCCUCUGGAGAACACGACAGACUGUCUCAGCACCAUGGCCAGUGUCUGCAAAGUCAUGCUGGAGACACCAGAAUAUUCGAGUCGCUUCAGCAGCGAGGACACGCUCCUGUUUUGCAUGAGGGUCAUGGUCGGGGUCAUCAUUCUGUACGACCACGUCCAUCCCAACGGCGCCUUCAACAAGUCGUCUAAGAUCGAUAUGAAAGGCUGCAUCAAAGUCCUGAAGGAGCAGCCCGCAGACAACGUAGAAGGUCUCCUCAACGCCCUCAAAUUCACCACAAAACACCUGAAUGACGAGUCCACUCCGAAGAACAUCCGGACGAUGCUCCAGUAAUGUUUGCUCUUUUAUAAACUAUAAUAGAUAUGAAGAGGAUCAAUGCUCUGACCUCAGAUAAGAUGUAUAUGUUUACAUUAUUUAAAGAAACAGACUCGAUGUUCAUACUUGUGUGGAUUUGCAUAGUCAUUCCCUGCAGAACUUGUACCUAGCAACAAAAUGAAUCCCCCUCCUGAAAGCAUCAUGUGACUUGUCUUUACUGGUAACUGUCAAAGCACAAAAUAUCAAUAACCAUCAGCCUUAUGUGCCACAACACUUGGAAACAAGUGAACAAGGCAGCAGAAGCUAAAUGUCCUUAAACAAAUCCUUUUUUUAUAGCGUCGUGUACAGAUUUAAGUCUGACUGAAUUUUGUGUUUUUGAAGCAAAAUAAAUCUUCUUUUUUUUUCCUCCCUGAAAUGGUGAAGUUAAAUUCUGACAGUAAGUGAAGUUCUAUCUUUCUGAUUUAAAAAGGCAGAAUAUGAAACUAAUCAGUGAAUAUUUCUGUGAAGGGCUAAAUAUUGAAGAUAAGGGAUUGAUUGGUUUGAUAAAAUGGUCAAAGCAGUAUUUUUCUUUGUUUCUCUCGCUUUGUGCAGCUGAUUAAAUAUAAAUCCACAAUUAAAUAUUGAGUCAAAUCCAGGACGUCACAGUUUGCUUUUGCGGACUGAAUAGAAAUACUAAGAUAAUGAAUCACAGAAACAAAUCAACCAAAUGUGGCAGUGCUAUGAAUGAUAACUGUGUGUUUUGGUGUGCUUUAAGUGGCUUUUUUUAUAUAAAACAGGAAAUCAGUUUCUCAAAAAAUAAACACCCAAAAAAUCUUUAAGUUAAAUAAAUGAUGUUUUGUUUUUUUAAAUCUGUGUGUCCACCUGGGGGACUAAUGUGAAAUGUUGCCGAGUUAUAUUUAAAUUGAGUUACACAACAGUUUCAUUUAUGAUUCAUCUGUUGAUUUUUCUCAAUUAAACCAUCUACAUUUUUUUAUCCAUUAAAAUUGUGAAAAAUGACAAUAAACUUAAAUGUUAUUUGUCUGCAAACCAAAGAUGUUCAGUUUACUGUCGUAGAGAAGCAAAGAAAGUAUGAAGAAGCUGAAAUCAGACAAAAUUGAUCAUGAACUAUAAUUAAUGUAGAUUACUAAGCAGUAAAUGUUGCACUGCUACCCACUUCUAAUAAACUCAUUGUCUUUUAUUCAAACUAAUUACAUCAUAACCUAUAACCAUCUCAGAAUUUGCCUUAAAAUUGGACUGUGUGUAAGAAACUUUGUCAUUUUAAAGCCCGUUUCCUCACGUCCUUGUGUUACUGCUAUGACACCACAGACUCUUGUGAUUCCUGCUGCUCUAACACCUGCUAAAACUAACCUCCUUCACACGGUCAGACAAUCGCUUCUGAUGGUUUUACAUUGUAUAAAGUCACAGUUUUACUGUCACUGUAAAUCUCAUUGAAGGUUAGUGGAUAAUAACGAGUUUGUAUUAAAGAAUGCAACUAAGACAAAUCAACAGGUUCUCAUUUUGAUUCUCAGCCAAGAAGCCUCAUGAGAUUAAAACCAUAUGUUCUGGUUAUCCCCUCAUCUGUUUGAAAAGGAAGUAAUCUAUUAACUGUUUCAGAUUAGAUAAUGAAAAUCAGACUGUUCUUUGUCCUCUAAGACCAACAAUUAGUCGUUUGAUCCAUAAAAUGUUGGUUUUCCAAACCUCAAAAUUGUGAUUUUCUCAAACAUAAUUUGUCCAAAAACCAACAUAAAUCUGUUUUUAAUGAUUUCUUUGUUAUAUGGAGCAAGGAAAGCAGAAAAUAUUCACAUUUAAGAAGCUGGGGCGGAUUUACAAAACAUUAUCAAAUUAACGGAUUAAUUUUCAGCCCUACAUUGAUCUAAAUGCAGUAUAUCAUGAUUAACAUCAACGAAUGUUGAAUGCUGGUAGAACAUGAUUAUGGAUUUUGAUUACAUAUUUUCUGGGUAUUUAAGUAAUUUAUUGUCCAAGAAUUCAAGAUUAAUUUUAAUUAAUAACUGCUAAAAUGUAAGUAUUUCUUUGGGGUAAUACAGUAAUACCUUACAUAGGUCUAUAUUACUGUGUAAUUCAAUUAGGACAUUUUCUGUAGUUUUAGUCAAUAAAUGCAUUCAUCAUAGAACCUAGACACCCAUUUUAGAGCCAUUCAACUAGAUCAGUUUUCAAACACUUUAUUUUGGUAAAAUUGUUGUCAAAGCUACUUUUCCAGAGAAACAUCCGAGCAUCCUUUUUUUUAUUUAUUUAACCAUCUAAAGCUAUGACCGUAAUAACUUGCAUCACUCCUGUAAAUCAGUAGCAUUUAACCUGUGAAGACAUGUUGUUUUUCUCCAUUAAUAAACCCCUCACUGACCUGACAUUAACACAUCAAUAUAUCAACGUUAAAUUAACAUGUCGGGCAUCUAUCGUUCAUUUAAGACUUGUUAGUUUUGGAUCCUCUUGUAUUUAGUAAUAUAUACGCCAGCAUGUGUGAGUGUGAGUGUGUGAUUGUAAGCCAUACAUUUGAUGCUAUGUUUCUCACGUAAAGAGUGUGAAUGAGACUUAAAGUGAAGUGUACGUAUGAUACUGAUAUUUCUUUUGACUGAAGUGAUUUUCUGAAAGAAACGUCACGUCGUCUGUCAUGAUUGAUGUACACGAAGCUCCUCUCAUGAUCUGCUACUGUGUGUUGAAUACUGAGAGAAAAAAUGAUGUUGAUUUUGUUUGUGUUGGGUCUUAAACUGACAGCUAUGUUUAAUAUUGUUGGAGUUCAAACUCGUCGUUUUUAUAUAGAUUGCUUUGGCUUUUGUACUGCAUUUUGAAUGGGACAAAGUGGAUUGGAUGAUAAUAAAGGUGGUACAUUUCUUACA